AUGGACUUUCCAGAAAUGUCAAUUCCCAAUGAAAGUAGCAUGAGUUUGAUGGAAAACAUGUUGAUAGUCGAAGAGUUGGAGUAUGACAAGGAAUUGUUGAAGACAAAGCAUGAAAAGUUGGUAACACAUAUGACGGACGAACAAAAAAAUGUCUACGAAUCUGUCAUGAAUGAUAUUGAUUCCAAUGGAGGUAGAUUGUUCUUUGUGUAUGGUUAUAGAGGAAUAAGCAAGACGUUUGUGUGGAUAACGUUAUCGUCAAAGAUAAGGAGCAACGGUGAUAUUGUUUUGAACAUUGUUUCAAGUGGAGUAACACCUUUGCUUUUGCCGGGAGGCAGGACGACGCAUUCUAGGCUUUCUAUACCACUCUCUUUGAACAAAGAUUCUACGUGCAAUAUAUCGCAAGGUAGUGACUUUGCUGAGCUUAUAAUAAGGAUCAAAUUGAUUAUAUGGGACGAGGCACUGAUGAUACACAGACACUUGAAGCUUUGGACAAAACCAUGA